GUGCAGCACGGAGAACGACAGUACGCUGUGUCCCUCGGACACAGCGGAUCACCGAUCAACGGAAAGAUCCGAAGAUGUCGGCUUGGUCAUGUGAUCAGCUGUGUACAAUCACAGCUGAUCACAUGGGACAUGUACACUGAUCAUCAGAGCACUGAUGAUCAGUGUGCCCUGAUGAUCUGUGUAGCCCCAGCAGUGCCACCAGUCAGUGUCCAUCAAUGCCAGCUGUCAGUGCUCAUCCAGGCCACCUGCCAGUGCCCAUCAGUGCCACAUCAAUGCCACAUAUCAGUGCCUAGCAGUGCACAUCAAUGCUACAUAUCAGUGCCCAUCUGAGCUGCCUUUCAGUGUCACCCAUCAGUG